UAGGGGUCGGGUUUGGUUCAGGUUGAUCAGUUGGAUCAGACUGAGCCGGUCUCUGUAGACCUGGUCCUGGUCUGAGCUGACACCAUGUACCUGCUGCUGGCUUUAGGAGCUCUGCUGGUCCUGCUGCUGUGGAUCAGAGGCACAGGUGUGCAGCACGUGAUCGUGCACCACAGGUGGAUCUUUGUGUGUCUGUUCCUGCUGCCGCUCUCCGUCGUGUUCGACGUGUAUUAUUACGUCAGAGGAUGGAUCAUCUUCAAGAUGUGCUCUGCUCCCAGGCUGCACGAGCACAGGGUCCGACACAUCCAGCGACAGGUGCGUCAGUGGAGGCAGCAGGGGGGACGGAGCUUCAUGUGCACCGGCCGUCCAGGAUGGCUCACCAUGUCCCUGAGGGUGGGCAAAUACAAGAAGACCCACAAGAACAUCACCAUGAACAUGAUGGACAUCCUGGAGGUGGACACACACAGACAGGUGGUCAGGGUGGAACCGCUUGCUAACAUGGGUCAGCUGACGGCUCUCCUCAGCUCCAUUGGCUGGACCCUGCCGGUGCUGCCGGAGCUGGAUGACCUCACUGUGGGUGGCUUGGUGAUGGGCACAGGCAUCGAGUCUUCCUCCCACAUUUACGGACUCUUCCAGCACAUUUGUGUGGCGUACGAAGUGGUUCUUGCUGAUGGCAGUUUAGUGCGCUGCACAGAGGAGGAGAACUCGGAUCUGUUCCACGCCAUUCCCUGGUCCUGUGGAACUCUGGGGUUCCUGGUGGCAGCUGAGAUUAAAAUAGUCCCAGCUAAGCCCUGGGUGAAGCUGCGCUAUGAGCCCGUCAGAGGACUGGAGAACAUCUGUCAACGCUUUACAGAGGCAUCGCAGAACAAGGAGAACACGUUCGUUGAGGGUAUCCAGUUCAGUCUGGACUCCGCUGUCAUCAUGACAGGAACCAUGACGGACUGGGCGGAGCCUGACAAGAUUAACAGAAUCGGGCUCCACUUCAAACCCUGGUUCUUCAAACAUGUGGAGAGUUACCUGUCAGGAGGCUYCAGUGGAGUGGAGUACAUCCCUCUGAGGCAGUACUACCACCGACACACACGCAGCAUCUUCUGGGAGCUCCAGGAUAUCAUUCCGUUUGGGAACAACCCUGUGUUCCGCUGGCUGCUGGGAUGGAUGGUUCCUCCUAAGAUCUCCCUGCUGAAGCUCACCCAGGGAGAAACCAUCAGGCGUCUGUACGAGCAGCACCACGUGGUCCAGGACCUGCUGGUCCCCAUGAAGCACCUGCAGGCCGCCAUUACUCGCUUCCACCAGGAGAUCAAGGUCUACCCUCUGUGGCUGUGCCCCUUCCUGCUGCCCCCCGCCCCAGGCAUGGUGCACCCCGAGGCCCAGCGGGAGGAGCUCUACGUGGACGUGGGAGCGUACGGGGAACCUAAAGUCCAACAUUUUGAAGCCAGAGCCUCGACACGACGGCUGGAGAAAUUUGUCAGAGACGUUAACGGGUUCCAGAUGCUGUAUGCAGAUGUGUACAUGGAUCGGGAGGAGUUCUGGCAGAUGUUUGAUGGAACUUUGUACCACAGACUCAGACAGGAGCUGGGCUGUAACGAAGCUUUUCCUGAGGUUUAUGAUAAAAUCUGUAAAUCUGCUCGUCUCUGAGCCUCAUCCAGGCCUGUCAUGGCUGCUGAACCAGGAAACACAAAGAUUUUCAUCUGGAUGGUUCAGGGUUUGUUGCUCUGACUGGGGGGUUGGAUCUUUAUAAUUAUUGUUCUGAUUUCUGUAAAUACUUUUCUUCUUUAAAAAUGUUGUACAUUUCCUCAUUUUCUUACUUUUUCUCAAAUAUCUUACACAACCUGAACCCUAAACAUGUUCUUAAAUAUUUUUGUAUUUAAAGACACAUCAGAGCUCUUUACCUUUAAUCUCAAAUAAAUGAAAAUGUUUCUGAACUGAA